AAAAGUUGAAACGACCGCAGUUGGUUCGAUCGCAGUGCACUGUGGGAAAUAUCCAAGAUGGCGCCGCCCAUGGCUGAUUCCGAACCUUUUUUCCGUCGCGCCUCCCCGUUUUGGAUGUCGUUUAUCGGUGUCGGAUUCACCGUCUUCGGGUUUGCAGUGUACGCCCCCCAGUCAGUCCCAUGGUCCAUGCUGGGUCCUGUCGGUACUCUGGUUCAGUAUCUCAUCAAGAACUACCCAGUACAACUCUACAGAGGGUUUUGGAUAGCCUGGGGAAUCCACACUACAGAGGCUGUCAUUGCAGCUAUCCUGACAACGAUGAAGAACAUCGGAGGGGUGACCAGACUGAAGUGGAUCGUCCAAACCCAGCUGUUUGGGCUGGCCUCUCUCUACAUGCUCAUCCUGUACAAGCCGAAAGGAAAGGCUGUGUAAUAAUCACUUCCUGUAGGUCAUAGGUCAGGGAUCAGUGUCUAAUCACAGGUCAUAGGUCAGGUAUCAGAGGCUAAUUAUACGGUCAUAGGUUAGGGGUAAGGUACAUGUCCAAACAUGUUUGGUCUGGCCUCUCUCUACAUGCUCAUUCUGUACAAGCCUAAAGGAAAGGCUGU